CCAACUGGCGCACCGAAACGUUGUUGUUUUGUUUAACUCUCGUUGUUGCACCUUUUUAUUGCAGUAAAAAUUGACAGUUGUAACGAAUAAAUAAUAAAUUAUUUAUUAUCGAAAAUUAAAAAAAAUAAUAAAAAAAGUGAAAAAAAUUAUAAAAAAUAUUUUGAAAAAAAAUUAAUUAAAAAAAAUCAGAAGUCAGCAGAAUGACCGCCGAUAGUUUUACGUUGUCAGCCGAUCGCGCAAAAAGUGGCGAGACAGCCGUUAAUGUUCACGAACCCGAAGACGCUAAACAUCAUAUUUUCACCUGCAUGAAGCUCUCCGGCUUUGACAAAGUUUGUGCAAUAUUUGCGGAAUUAAUUGGCGUCUUUUUGCUGGUUUUCAUCGGAUGCAUGUCAUGCGUGGACAAAUUUGGCAUGUCACCGCUUCAUCUUCAGAUUGCGUUGGCUUUCGGUCUCGCCAUCAUGGUUGGUGCACAGAGUGUCGGACACAUUUCUGGAGGUCAUUUUAACCCCGCCGUUACCGUAGCUGCAAUGAUCCACAGAGGAAUUGAUGUUCCCAUGGGUCUUGCUUACAUCGCAGCGCAACUCGUUGGAUCAGUUCUCGGUUACGGUCUGUUGAAAGUUAUCUCAACACAUGAGGCUAUGUUCCCCGCUGGCGAAGAAGCAACUGGACUCUGCGUUACCAUGCCAGCUGCUGGAUUGGGAGUUACUCAAGCCUUCUUCGUUGAGUUCAUCUGUACCGGAAUUUUGGUUCUCGUCGUUUGCGGUAUCUGGGAUCCACGCAACAAGAAACACACUGACUCGACUCCGCUUCGUGUUGGAUUGACCGUUGCUGUUCUUGUCUUGGUUGCUGGACCAUAUACCGGAGGAAGCUUGAACCCUGCUCGUUCAUUCGGACCUGCUGUUUGGUCAGGAGAUUGGGCUAACAACUGGCUUUACUGGAUCGCACCCACCCUCGGAGGAGCUGUCGUUUCUCUCAUCUACAAAACAACAUUCUGGCGCGAAUCUAAUGAUGAUUAAAUAAUUUUAGAAACUAACAAACGAUUUUAACGUUGCCUUUUUGAAGCCAAUUUUUUUCUGCAAAUAGAUGGAAAAAUAAUUA